CUUUGGUCAUAAAACAAGGGAUUGGACCUGAUGAUGGCGCUAGAGGACAAAACAAAGAUCAUCAUUAGGACGCAUUGUUCCAUUCUUGAGAUAUUUCACUUAUGCAGGAGUUAACCAAGGUCAUAAGGGUUCAUCUUCUGGGGACCACGAACGUCUAAUCCUAAUUUCACAGUGAUCUGUACAACAGGACGGUGUUUCCAUCCAGACCACAAAAUUGUGCUUUCAAUUUCCUACAUCUUCAAACAGCCUGUUAUUAUAUUAUAUCGUAUUAUAUGAAGUCAUCGGAGAAAAGGAGAAACAGUCAUUAGAGACGCUUAUUGUUAAAUGACUCAACAUUUUUUUAAUCUAUUGUCAUAAUUAAUAAUUAAAUUAAUAUAAAAUCUGUGGUGAAGUACAAAUAAAACCCCAUCGGAGCUCAGUAUGAAUCCUCUUGAAAGACCAACAGCGCCCCCCCUAGGCAGGAUGAAUAUGGACGGAAAUGAAGAACUGUCAGUAUAAAGAGAAAGAUGGAAAUUCUAAAUAAGAAUAAACAGAAAGUUACUCUGGUAAGUCCUAUGACAGUAAAUGGAUGCAGAGCUCAGCUGUUUCAGUCUCUUAUUGACACACACACACACACACACACACACACACACACACACACACACACACACACACACACACACACACACACACACACACACACACACACACACACACACACACACACACACACACACACACACACACACACGACCACAAUCUCUCACUCUUCACUUUUUCACUCUCAAACCGAACCAAGAAACCUUCCUUUCAGAGGAACCGGAAAAACACGAGACAAAGCCACACCCACAACAAACCUGGGACUCUGUGACAAGUUGGACAGAAGUUUUGAGUUGAUGCUGCUCACAACCACUUUUCUUCUUGUGUGAAUCUGUGUUUUAUUUGAGGGGAGCUGCAGAAUCCCCAGAGCUGCGGUCACUGAUCAAAUGGAUUUCACACCGUUCACUUUCCCACCAGACAACUCUUCCUUCUCCUCUUCUGUUUCCUGUCUCUGUCCCACUGCUGCCACUCGGAUCUUCCUCCCCUCCGUAUACACGCUCCUCUUCCUCACCGCUCUCCCAGGUAACGCUCUCUCGUUGUGGGUGUUCCUUCGGUGCAUCUCCACCAUCUCCCCCACACACGUCUAUCUGUCCCACCUGAGUAUCUCCAACCUGUUGCUGUCCCUCACCGCGCCCUUCCUCGCCGCCUACUACGCCUGGGGCUCCGUCUGGACGCUGAGCGGCGCCCUGUGUCAGCUGGUCCUGCAUGUCAUCACCCCGGUGCUCCACAUUAACAUCUACAUAAGCCUGGUGAUCCUCACCUGGGUGGCCCUCUGCCGCUUUGCAGUCCUCAUCCAGCACACCCACGCCUCCCGGCCGAGCACCUGCACGACCCUGCUGCCGCACACCUUCUUCACCUGCCUCUUGAGAGCCUCCUUCGCCAGCAGGGUGUGUGCGGGGUGUGGGUGGUGGCCGUGGGAGGCAUCGUGCCGGUGACCGUGUACUACUCAGUGAAUGAAGCUAUGAGCGG